AUGGACCAUAACCUCACACCAAACCCAACGCUUUCAAUUACUGAAGGAGGGGAGACUGAAACAGAAGCCAAGUCACCGAAUUCACUCCCUGCAGACUUGGUCCAUGGCAUACAGCAAUGUCGAGGCAAUACCAUGUUUUGGAAAAAUCUUCAUGCAGAGAUAGUUUCAAAAAUUGUGGAGGGCCAAGCUAGAUGGGGUGUCAUAAAAAACCGCACAAUUCGCUCUCGUUAUCAUGCGCGCAUGCAUCUCCUACAUAUAAAGAGAAUGAAAGAAAAAAUUGAAAUUGCCCCGGCCACUGCAAUUAUGGUAUUCAAGGAAUCAGAAGCAAUGGCCAAGUUGAAGCAAGAACAAGUGGAAAGGGGAUUCGAACUAUUUCGUAAAUUUGCAAAAAUUGUGGAUCCGGCAGGAAACUGGGCCAACAUCACUGUGGCCGGGGUCAUGAAUUUCAUGGGUCGCGAAUUAGUAGGGGAGAGUGGUUCUGGGAAGACGCAGCUUUGUCUCCAACUUACGGUACGAGCUCAGCUCCCACCCUCACAUGGCGGACUAGGGGGCUCCUCCGUCUACAUAUUCACAGAAUUCAGCUUCCCAUUUCGUCGAUUGCAACAACUAGGCAACCUUUAUCAUGCAUCAUACCCCAACUUAAUAAGGUUGGAGCCAUUGGAAGACAUAUAUGUUCAUGGUGUUCAUGAUGCUCAAGAACUCAUCCAUGUCCUUGGAGACAUAGAAGCAUUUAUUGCCAUUGAUCACACCCGCCUACCUGUGAAACUCAUUGUCAUUGAUUCCAUUGCUGCAUUGUUCCGAUCACAGUAUCAGACAAUACCGGCAGAUUUGAAACGGCGGUCUGAAAUGUUCUUCAACAUAUCUAGGACAUUGAAGGGUUUAGCAAAUAAGUUUGGGUUGGCGUUGGUUGUCACCAACCAAGUGGUGGAUUUUAUUGGGCCACAUGAUGGAGUGAAUGGGGUGAGGUUGGGAAACUUGGAGUCCCUGGACACAUCAGGCAGACGGGUGAGUCCAGCUUUGGGACUGGCUUGGGCACAUUGCAUAAAUUCAAGAGUGUUCUUGGCAAGACAUGAGCAAUCUAUUGAGGUUGACAUUCGUAAUGCUCCUUCAACAAGUGCUUUUAUUGUGGCCUGCAGAACCGCACCUUGA